GAACCCAUUUGGUUCCUAUGUAACCUCUCACUCUCUCACAUUGCAAAAGGUUACCUUUCUUGAGCUCAAAGCACAUGGUUUCUCUCUCUUCCUGAUUCUUUUGAUCCUUGAAUCUAAGUCUAAACUCUUGUUAAUUGUAUAGAAACUGAUGCACUACUGUGAAUCCCUCAAGUGCAAAACUUAUUCCAUAUGCAUAUUCUCUACAAAAAUUCAAAAAAUCUCGGGCUCUUUCCGCUCCCUUAACUACACCCUCUCUUCCAUCUCUAUUCCACACUUUUGCUGAGAGUUCAGGGCUUUAAAAGUGGUUUUGUCACAGUCCAAAACCACAUCUCUGUAGACAAACCUGGUUUUCUUCCUCUUAGAGCUCUCUGUUCAGAACCCAAAAGUGGUUUUAGCUCAUUCAAAGCCCAAUUUCCUGUAAAAGGAAAGUAUACACUGUCCAAACUUGUUAAUAUAGGAUGUUUAUAUUGUAAUCAAUAUAUAUGGAAAAGUUAGGUGGAGUAAUCUCUAUUUUUAUGGUUAGUCUAAGUAUAUAUUUAAUCGUAACAUAUACUUUCCUUUAAUAUUUCCAAGAGCGGUUUCUCCAUUCUCAAAAGCGAUCUGUUAUAUAGACCCAAAGCUGGUUCUGGAUUGAAAAAUGUCCGGAAGAGAGAUGGCGAGUGCAAAUGGAGAGAGUGGAACAGUGGUUUCUGGUUUGGAAGAUAACAGGGGAGAGGAGGAGAGAGAGUCACUUUCAGUUGAGCAAAUAUUUGAAUCAAAGAGUGUUCCUCCAUGGCAGGAGCAGCUCACAUUUAGGGCUUUUUUUGUGAGCUUUGUAUUGGGGAUUAUGUUCAGUGUGAUUGUCAUGAGGUUCAAUUUGACAACCGGUAUUAUUCCAAGCUUGAAUGUUUCUGCUGGCUUGUUGGGUUUCUUCUUUGUGAAGAGUUGGACAAAGUUCUUGGAAAAGGUGGGGGCCUUAAAGCAACCUUUCACUAGGCAGGAGAACACUGUUAUUCAGACCUGUGUGGUGGCUUGCUCUGGGAUUGCAUUUAGUGGUGGUUUUGGGAGCUACUUGUUUGCAAUGAGUGAGACAAUUGCCCGCCGAGACACGCACGGAGCCAUCGACCCACAAACCGUUAAGAACCCGAGUUUGGGUUGGAUGAUGGGCUUCCUUUUUGUCGUCAGCUUCAUUGGCCUCUUCUCUAUCGUCCCCCUCAGAAAGAUAAUGGUCAUCGACUACAAGCUUCCUUAUCCAAGUGGAACGGCUACUGCUCUCCUAAUCAACAGUUUCCAUACACCUCAAGGAGCAAAGCUAGUCAAGAAACAGGUGAGAGCUUUGGGAAAAUUCUUCUCCUUCAGCUUCCUGUGGGGAUUCUUCCAGUGGUUCUUCACAGCAACCGGUGACUGUGGAUUCCAAAAUUUUCCCACAUUGGGCCUAAAAGCCAGGGAUUACAGGUUUUAUUUUGAUUUCUCGGCCACUUAUGUUGGAGUGGGGAUGAUAUGCCCUUAUAUAGUGAAUGUAUCUUUGCUCUUGGGGGCUAUUCUCUCAUGGGGGAUCAUGUGGCCUCUCAUUGAAACCCAGGUGGGGAAGUGGUAUCCUGCAGGUCAAGAUGACAAUCUAAAAGGGCUUCCUGGAUAUCGGGUCUUCAUCUCGAUUGCCCUGAUCCUUGGCGACGGCCUCUACAACUUCGGGAAGGUGUUCAUCAAAAGCGCCCUGGCCUUGAACCAACAGAGACGAGCCCGAGCCAUACUCCCAGUCACAGAUGCCAACCCCUCUGCUGGCACUUCCUAUGAUGAGAAGCGCCGUAAUGAGGUAUUCAUGAGCGAUAGCAUCCCCCCCUACAUUGCAGCUGCCGGCUACGUCACCCUCGCUGCCAUCUCCAUUGGAGUCCUUCCCCAAAUCUUCCCCCAACUAAAAUGGUACUUUGUUUUGAUAACAUAUACCUUUGCCCCUGUAUUCGCUUUCUGUAAUGCAUAUGGUGCCGGCCUCACUGAUUGGAGCUUGGCCUCCACAUAUGGAAAAUUGGCCAUAUUCAUCUUUGGAGCAUGGGCGGGGGCAGCUCACGGUGGCGUCGUUGCCGGUCUUGCAGCAUGCGGUGUCAUGAUGGGCAUCGUCUCAACAGCAUCAGACUUGAUGCAGGAUUUCAAAACAGGGUAUCUGACACUGGCAUCCCCACGCUCUAUGUUUGCAAGUCAGGUUGUGGGGACUGCAAUGGGAUGUGUAAUCGCCCCUUGUGUUUUUUGGCUCUUUCACAAGGCAUUUGAUCUCGGCCGCGAGAAGUCAGAGUACCCCGCCCCCUUUGCGCUUGUUUAUCGCAACAUCUCCCUCAUUGGUGUUGAGGGCUUCUCAUCGCUCCCUGACCACUGCUUGACCCUUUGCUUGGUGUUCUUCCUGGCUGCAAUGGCUAUUAAUUUGGUGCGCGAUCUGACUCCAAAGAGGAUUUCGCAAUUCAUACCGCUACCGAUGGCGAUGGCAAUCCCAUUCUAUAUCGGGGGUUACUUCGCGAUCGAUAUGUGUGUCGGGAGCUUGAUUCUUUUCGUGUGGCGAAGACUUGACAAGAAGAAGGCCGACGCAUUUGCACCGGCUGUGGCCUCUGGAAUGAUUUGCGGCGAUGGGAUAUGGUCCCUGCCGGCAUCGAUCCUUGCCAUCGCCAAGGUGAAACCUCCUAUCUGCAUGAAGUUCUUGUCAAGGGCGGUGAAUGCCAAGGUUGAUGGCUUCUUGGCGAAUUAGCGAGGAAGAUUAUGGUGGUUCUUCUGUUAGAGACAGUUAUAUGUUAAGUUCAUGUCACACAGACUAUUGAAGGUGCGAGUAAGUGUUGCUGAUAUCAAUACUUGGGUAGAAAGCCUAUAUGGCUCAACAUGUUUAUAUAAUUAUGGGAUUGUAUAUAAUUUAUAAAAUGAAUAGGUUAUAGAUAGCUAUCAUAUGUGGAAUUUGAUAGCUUUGGUGUGUAGUAAUUUUUUAAAAACAUUUCCUUGAGACUUUGAACUCGUUAAAUGGCAUGCACCUAGUCACCCAAUGGUAUGCACCUAAUCACCCAAUUCCACUUCCAAUGGCCAUAGCCAAUUGUGA